AUGUCAUCAUCAAGGGUAAGAGAUGCUGGUGACAGUGCCGCCAAAAUAGUAGACCAGGUCCGCGCAAGCUUCAACGACCUUAUCCGCGAAGCAGAAAGACGACGAGACAUGAUAGGAUGGCCAAAGAGUUCCAUGGUACGAUCUCUUGAGUUCAGAUUCGAUGAUUGGGCUAGGCUCUCUGGAGUUGGUAGCAGACCUGGCACUUUCGAGGACAGUUUCGACGACAAAUCUUUACUUAUGAGAAUCAAGACAGAGCUGUCCUCCUUCAACAUCGACGUUGAAACCCUUCUUAUGGACUUUCGUCAGGGCCCCGAUAGCGUAGAUGGGCCGCAGGCAAUGGACACUGCUGAGGCUAUUGAGAGGAGGUUGGGAUAUCUCAGGCAGUUGACGAAUGCCGCUAGGUAA